GGCAGAUUGUAGCCCUAUCAUAAUAUUUUCAUAGAGAAGUUCGAUACGGAUAAAAAACAAAUCUGAGAGAGGAAUAAGUAGUUUUCCCUCUCUCAUCAGUCUAAGGAGACAUGCUGGUUCCGCAGCCUCUCAGUCUUGCGAUAGCGCUGGUCUUAGUUGGCCUUUUGGCAGCACCUUCAAAUGCAUGGGCACCCUAUAACUACGCUCCAAGCAAAGGAUGCAUGAAACUUUACAAGUACAUGAAUUCAAUCGGUGCCAGCCAAGUCCAGAAACCCAAUGGUCAGUGGAGCUGGACAUCAGCUGAGUGUCGCGAUUUCUGCGCGCCUCGACCGCGAUGUGUCGCAGUGGACUUUACCGUCGACACGAGGGCUUGUUGGGAACACACCAGGAAAGCCCCAAGGAUUCCAAUAAGGACGGAUACAACAUCCCAAACCUCCCAGUACGCCAAGGUAGGCUCGUGUAGUGCGAACUCAUAUAAAUGGGCUCCAAGCAAAGGGUGCAUGAAACUUUACAAAAACAUGAAUUCAAUCGGUGCCAGCCAAGUCAAGAAACCCAAUGGUCAGUGGAGCUGGACAUCAGCUGAGUGUCGCGAUUUCUGCGCGCCUCGACCAAGAUGUGUCGCAGUGGACUUCACCACUGACACGAAGGCUUGUUGGGAACACACCAGGAAAGCCCCAAGGGUUCCAAUAAGGACGGAUACAACAUCCAAAACAUCGCAGUACGCCAAGGAAGGCUCAUGUGGACCUACUGUCGACAAAUACAAAUGGGCUCCAAGCAAAGGAUGCAUGAAACUUUACAAGUACAUGAAUUCAAUCGGUGCCAGCCAAGUCAAGAAACCCAAUGGUCAGUGGAGCUGGACAUCUGCUGAGUGUCGCGAUUUCUGCGCGCCUCGACCAAGAUGUGUCGCAGUGGACUUCACCACUGACACGAAGGCUUGUUGGGAACACACCAGGAAAGCCCCAAGGGUUCCAAUAAGGACGGAUACAACAUCCAAAACAUCGCAGUACGCCAAGGAAGGCUCAUGUGGACCUACUGUCGACAAAUACAAAUGGGCUCCAAGCAAAGGAUGCAUGAAACUUUACAAGUACAUGAAUUCAAUCGGUGCCAGCCAAGUCAAGAAACCCAAUGGUCAGUGGAGCUGGACAUCUGCUGAGUGUCGCGAUUUCUGCGCGCCUCGACCAAGAUGUGUCGCAGUGGACUUCACCGCUGACACGAAGGCUUGUUGGGAACACACCAGGAAAGCCCCAAGGGUUCCAAUAAGGACGGAUACAACAUCCAAAACAUCACAGUACGCCAAGGAAGGCACGUGUGCUGCUGCUGUAUCGAAGAAGACCCUGGUUCUCGACCUUGUCAUCGUGUUAGACGGGUCGUCGGCCAGUGGCCUGGGAGCAUUCGUUCUGGCGAAACAGUUCAUCAUCAUGGUUCUCCAGACGUACAAACUCGGAGGGAACGGUCUCAGAUUGAGGGUGUUCUAUUCCAAAGGGGCAACAUUCACCUCUUUCACAUUCGACAGUGACGCCCAAACCAAAAGUUAUGUCGCACAGAUCCAAAGUUGCAGCUACACAGGUGCCAACCAGAAUGUCUUGAUGAUCUUUCAGCAGCUUCAGUUGCUCUACGGCAACUUCCAGAGAGCUCGGGUUGGCAGAGUUAUGUGCCUGUUUGGCGGUUACUCUGUAGGCAACUCCUGGGAACUGAAGGCAAAGACAGCUCUGUAUAUGCAAAUACUGAGCAUAAAAUUCCGGUUCUAUUAUUUUGCCACGGGAUCCCAGACCAGCUUAUUAUUCUGGAAAGACAUAUUGGAUCAGACGUAUAUCAUCCAGGGCACCCAGGGUACCUCGUCAAGUUGGAUAAUCAGUUGGUUCCAGAGCAAGUCUAGCACAUUCACGACAUACGGUCUCUGGAAGACACUGAAGAGGGUCAGUCUGCAAAUCGUGCUGACUUUAGACGGAUCAACCGCCACAGGAAAAGAUGGAUAUUUCAGAACCUUCUACACGAUCUUGACGUUAUUGAGAACCCACACCAUCGGCAGUGGUGGUCUUCAACUUCACGUAUGCGGCUACCUCGGUGGCCAGGUCAACGUUAUACAGUUCACAUCAAUGACCCAACUGAGUACGAGUCUGAACCUGCUCUCAACAUCAUACCUGACUUACCGAGGCGCUUCCAGUAACGUUGUUAUCAUUCUCCAAAAGGUUCAAUGGGUCGUCGAAACUUACAUCGUCAACAGUCAACCUCGUACUGUCUGGCUGUGCGGUGGAAUGCAAGUGUCAAACCAGCAACAGGUGAAACUCAUUCUCUACCAGUUGGAGGUGAAGAUGAAGAUAUAUGUCUAUUACUAUGCUAUGGGUGUCAAAACCGAUACAACCUUUUGGGUGCAGGUUCUUGGCCGUUCAUUCGUCAAAACUGAUUUUGCAAUCAGUACGACGUUCUUCAACAGCGUCCUUGUCAGCGUCAGCCGAACUGUCAGCAGUACAACUGGACCUGCUGUCUCCCAAGUAGUAAUUGAUGCAGGAGCGCCCACGGUGGCACCUACGGAAGCUCCGACGGAGGCACCUACAGAAGCACCUACGGAAGCGCCCACGGAGGCACCUACAGAAGCACCUACGGAAGCGCCCACUGAGGCACCUACAGAAGCGCCCACGGAGGCACCUACGGAGGCACCAACGGAAGCGCCCACGGAGGCACCAACAGAAGCGCCCACAGAGGCACCUACGGAGGCACCAACGGAAGCGCCCACGGAGGCACCAACAGAAGCACCCACGGAGGCACCUACGGAAGCACCCACAGUUCCAGAAAUAUCCGUAACUGGUGAACAUGGUGAAGGAUCUGAAGGUCAAUCAGAGCACGGAGAGGAAGAGGGAGAGGGUGAACAUGGGGAAGGAUCUGAAUGUCAAUCAGAGCACGGAGAGGAAGAGGGAGAGGAACAUGAAGGGCACGGAUCUGGUGAACUUGAGAGUGAGUCAGAGACCGGCCUAACAUCACAUGGAGGCGGCACCACAUCGCAAGGAGGUUUUGGCUCCUCGGGCAGCAUGUCACAAGGUUCACUUGGCUCCUCGGGCAGUAUGUCACAAGGUUAUGGCUCCUCGGGCAGUAUGUCACAAGGUUUUGGCUCCUCGGGCAGUAUGUCACAAGGAGGUUUUGGCUCCACCGGCAUGACACAAGGCGGUUUCGGUUCCUUCGGCAAUUCCGGUAGCACUGGUAUGACCAGCACGAUGAGAAUUGUGAAUGGCCGAACUGAGAUACCACAAUCAUGGAAUAAGGCAGGCACUGGUUGUAUGGCGGGAACAGAAAGUGUUGGUAAUGGAUUCUGCGGGAUUACCAAUAUGAAACUUUUCAUGAGCUGGGCUAGUUCUGCAGGCUUCUCGAUCACUACCAUGCAGGGUUGGGCGUCAGGAUCAUCAAUGAACAUUCCCAAGACACUGGAAUCGAUGCGAAUUGUAAACGGAGUGACCCAAGUUCCCAAGUCAUGGAAUGAAAGCGGAACUGGGUGUAUGUCUGGCACUGAAGGUGUGGGCAGUGGAUACUGUGCAAUUACGAACAUGGAUGCUUUCAUUGCUUGGGCACGCACAGCCGGUUUCACCGUUGAGAGGAAAACUUCGAACGGCGUCCAAACAAUCAGAAUCAGUAAAGUUACAAGUUACACUUCCUAUGGUAAAUGAUACAUUUGUGGGAAGAAGCAAGGACCAAUUCUGACACGAUAGAAGGAACUUUGGUGAAAGAUGCAUUAACUGUAACCAUAUAUU